UCCAUCUCGCAACACUAGUCCCGCCUUUCACCGCCCCUGUGAGAGGGACUGGGAGUUUAAUGUUCCCUCUGCACGUCUUCGAUACCCGGGGACGCAUUUUACUUUGCUGCCAUUUUCCCCUCACCACUUUUUUGUGUUUUACCUCCCCGACACUUUAAAUUGCCUUCAAGAAAAUCCGAACAACUGCAGUUUCACCUCCUCCCCACCUCACCUCUCCCAAGCAACAUUCAAGCCACAAGCCAUGCUACUACCCUCGUCACUACUACUCCUCCUCGGCCUCCUCUCCUGGAGUCCCAGUGCAUCGUGGGCUGCAAAAGUGAUCGUUGUCCCACCCAUCAUGUUUGAAUCACACCUCUACAUCUUCAAGACGCUGGCCACAGCUCUGCACCAGGAGGGCCAUGAGACCCAUUUUCUCAUUUCAGAGGGUCGCGGGGUGCCGCCCUCCCCCUACUACCAUUUACAGCGCUACCCAGGGAUCUUUAACAGCACCACGGCUGACAAUUUCCUCCAGUCCAAAGUCAGCAACAUCUUCUCAGGGCGCCUCACAUUUCUGGAACUGUUUGACAUUCUUGACCACUACUCCCAGAACUGUGAUGCUGUCGUUGGUAGCGUUGAGGUAAUGACCCGUCUCAAGGAGGCCAAGUUUGACCUUCUGCUGGUGGACCCUAAUGAAAUGUGUGGCUUUGUGAUCGCUCAUAUCCUCGGUGUGAAAUAUGCCGUGUUCAGCACAGGCCUGUGGUACCCUGCAGAGGCGGGCGCCCCAGCCCCGCUUUCAUAUGUUCCCGAAUUCAACUCGCUGCUGACAGACCGCAUGUCUCUGCUUCAGAGGAUCACCAACACAGCUGUUUACCUGGUGCAGCGCUUUGGAGUCCAUUAUAUUGCAUUACCCAAGUAUGACCGGAUUAUGAAGAAACACGGAGUGAAGCCGCAAGUGGCCAUGGCUGAUUUGGUGCAGGGCAGCCGGCUGUGGAUGCUCUGCACUGAUAUGGCUCUGGAGUUCCCCAGGCCCACCCUGCCACAUGUGGUGUACAUAGGAGGCAUCCUCACCAAGCCCCCCAACCCCCUUCCACAGGAUUUUGACGCAUGGGUGAAUGACACAGCGGAGCAUGGUUUUGUGGUUGUGUCGUUUGGAGCUGGGGUCAAGUACCUUUCCCAUGACAUUGCUCACAAACUGGCCGGAGCCCUCGCCAGGUUGCCCCAGCGUGUCGUCUGGAGGUUUUCUGGAGUUCCACCCAGUAACCUUGGCAACAACACCAAGCUUGUUGAUUGGAUGCCUCAGAAUGACUUACUAGGCCACGCCAACACAAGGGCCUUCCUGAGCCACGGUGGCCUGAACAGUAUCUAUGAGGCCAUGUAUCACGGGGUGCCGGUUGUAGGUGUGCCCCUGUUCGGAGACCACUAUGACACCAUGACUCGUGUGGCAGCCAAAGGUAUGGGUGUCAUGCUACACUGGAAGUACAUGACCGAAGAAGACCUCUACACAGCUCUGACCAGCGUCAUCAAAGAGACCAGGUACCGCAAGCAAGCACGUAUCCUCUCCAACAUUCACAAAGACCAGCCAGGCCAUCCUGUGACCAGGGCCGUCUACUGGAUCAGCUACAUCCUACGUCAUGAUGGUGCCAACCACCUGCGCUCCACUGUAUAUGAGGUGUCCCCCUACCAGUACUUCCUGCUGGAUGUGAUUUUCACUGUAGGAGCUGCCGUGGCUCUGACUAUCUUCGCCCUGCGACGGUUGGUACGACUGCUGAGCGGGAAGGCUGGGGACCAGAGCAGAGGUGGCGGCGUCACCAGGGAUGAUGGUAACAUAGCUAAUGGACAUUGCCAUAGCGAGAGCAUGGCGAACGGGAAACACAAACGCAACGGCUCCUUAAGAAACGAGAAGAAGAUUAAUUAGUGUUUUGAAUGGCCAAGAGGGACGAGGAAGAAGUUGCCCCGAGGACUCAGCUCUAGGUUUGGUUGAGUGGUUUUAUAAAAGCUUUGAGAGAAGGCUGUUCUUAGGUCUGUGUCGAGAGGCAACUGCUACUCAGAGUGAGCAAGAGGCUGUAGGAGGAUACACAAUGCGUCGUGUGAGGACAGAGCAAGGCAUCGGGUGCUCCAAAUCUGUGUGUGUGUGUUUGAGGGUGUAUGUGUAUGUGUGCACUGAGGCGAAUUUAACGAAAACUCUAACAAAAGCAGCUACCGCAAUACAACACCAAAUUGAAAAAGUAAUUGAGGGUGAAACUAGGAAAGACACAUUGGGAGGACAUUGUUUCUUCAUGUGCGUCAUCUCUCCUGCGUGUUCUCUGUGGUCUUCCUGCCUUCCUGACCAGUGGAAGGAUGAUGAAGAGGGGAAAUCCUGAGCGCCAACCCCUCAUCCUCAGAACAAAUCAAGAAAACGAAAACGGAUAACUUUUGAAAUAGUUAGGAUUUAAUGUUUUUAACUCUGCUUCUCCAAGUGUCUGGUCAACUGUAAAUAGAGGACAAAUCUAUUUAUUACUGUAAAAAUGCAUUUUAAUGAUGGAACUUUUUAACCUAUCUUAUUUUUAAUUUAUUUAAUAUAUCAAUGGUGUGAUAGCAUUAUGGUAGAUGUACACUCCCUCCUGUAAGCUAACAUAUGCACAACAUAUUUAAUGUGUUAUUCGCAUAACAUAUUGAUGAAACAAAAAUCCACAAAGACAGCUGAUAAAGGUCUGUGCUUUCUGCAGAUGCAUUAUCCACAUUAUUCACGGUGGUCUUGUUUUCAAACCAACCAGGUUGUUGAAAAUAUUUAAAAUUUCUCCCUUUUCACAUGGUAGUGCCAUCCUGUGACUGCACUUAGCUGCGCUGCGUUCCCAUUGUCUCUUGACUGACAAUUUGUUCUGAUAGAGAACAAGCGAACUGUGUUUGGCUCAUCGGUGUGAAAAGGGUGAUCGUGUUAUCAUCAAAAGAUGACUACAGAGAAUACUGUGGAUAGGCAGAUCAGAAAAGUGCUCAUGCAGUCAGGUGAUCAGUGAUGACUCAGAGCAUUAUUGAUUUAUCAUUACUUGCCUCGUCGGGCCCGUAUCUUCAUCCUGCAGCCCUCAUCUAUUUGUUAAUCAGUAAGAAUUCAUCACGUGACUGCCAUUUUUAGCGCUACACUUGAUUCUGUACGUCAUUCCUUUAUGAUUCAUUCGAUGGAUAAUUUCUAACAUACUAUAUGUUGCAAAUGCUCGUUUUAAUUUCCACAGUUCAGGUAAAAAUCCAUUCAGUGCUUCUCUUCUGCAAGGUAAAGUCUGUUUAGUUAUUGAGGUUCAUGUACAAACUGCGUCAACCUUAUGCAAUUAUAUUUACUUUGAGUGCGAAUGAUUCACAUUCUGUAUGUGGCCUUUUAUAAUGCAAAUAUAAUGCUUGAAUGCAUGUGUAUGUGUGCUGUUUCAGUGUCUGUGUGUUAAAGAUGACUGAGUGUUUGGAUGAAACAAGACAAAUGAUGUUUGUUUUAGCCCAUUCAUGUAAAAACAACCAUUGGCUUUUUUUUGUCACACUAAGUGCAUGCUGGGGCUGGGCUAUAUGGCCAAAAUCUUCUAUCAUCAUAUAUCAUCAUAUUUGAAUAUAUAGCAUUGUUUCUGCUUAUUUUUUGUAUAUUUCAUGUUAAGCAAAACAGUCCUUAGUGCUUGGUUGGCUCCAGCUUCGUUCCUAUGUGCAUGGAUCAGAACGUCGUCCAAAUGAUGUAAAUAUUGCUGUAAGGCAGUUUGGCUGCUGAUUUAUCAAUAUCACAAUAGAAACAUUGUAGAAAAAUAUGUACGUUAGAGAUGUUUCUAUUGUUUUGAUGAUCUAUUUCGUCAUAUCGCCCAGCCCCAGUGUAUGUCCAUGCAAUAGAUUCUUUAAGUUCUUUCAAGAAGACUAAAGUUGCCUUCUGUAGCUUUUUUUUAUCAUCUUAUGUGUCAAUCCACUUUAUUUUCCUCUUGUUUCUCGGCCACAGUGUGCAUUAAUUCUUAAUGUAGACGGAGGAAGGGUGUAAGGAGGGUGAAAGAGUGAGUUAGUUCCGACAACAAUGGUGAACCCCGCUACUUCUACAGUGAAUAAUACUGUGUCAAAGUGACACUGAUCCCUGCAGCGAAAUUCUCUUUUCUUGAACCCCCGUAGAGGAGAUCAAAGUACAGGGCGAGCUGGAAGAGGAUCUUUGGAGUUUGCGGGGAUUCGGUAUCUUGCUAAUGGACAUUUCAGAAGGGCAGGUGCUCGUGGACAUGGGACAUAAAAAUCUCAUGAACAUGAGACUGUUCAGUCUCUGUAUUUUCCUUCAUUUGCAGCAGCACAUCCCAGACAUCUACUUUUUUAAAGUUUCAUAUUGCAAAAGAGAUUAUUUACCAACUCACUAAACAUGGACAAUAUAGCAAUAUAUUUAAGUUGAACAGAAUAAAAUGCUAUCACUUAACCUGUCAAAAGGUUGUUGAGGACUUAACAUCCAACCGUAAUGUAUGUUUGCAAAUCCUGUAUGAUAAUUGAGAAAAGCUUCAUGAUUUUCCUUUCUCUAUGAGCUACAAUUACACUUGUACAGCCCAACCCAGCCCUGCUGCUGAAAACAGACUAUUAUACUUGAAUCAUCAUCAUCAUCAUCAUCAUUAUCAUCAUCAUCUGUAACAAGUUCAGCUGCUGGGUCUGGUAUGUGGGCCUGCAGGUGCUACACAAGCUAUGAACAGGGUCUGGAGAGAAACUCAAAUAUUUGUGAAGAUACAUGUUUUUUCUUUUUUUUUUUCAGUAUUAAUGUUGUAGUCCACAUAGUUAGAUGUCCACCCAUCCUUUACUGUUUUGUUCCUGUACUUGCUCUGCAGUCUGACAUGUCCCUGUUCUCGUGACGUUUGCAUUUCAUCAGCUUGAAGUUUUUCUUUAUUCCGUCUUCAUCCGUGCACUUCCAAUUGUCCACCUCCUUGUCUAACUCUUGACUUCCUGAUGUAUUCACACUCGUUGUAUUCUUGUCUUUUUCUUCUUCCUCCUCCUUCCCCCUUAAAUAUUACAUGCCUCCUCUCACUCGCCUUUUUUAAACUUUCUUUUUACUUUUAAAAUGACAAAGUCCUCAAUUUCCCUGUCAUGUGUGUCCAUGUUGUAAAUAGAACAUUGUAAACAAAAUACUAAUGCUGAAUAAAAAUGACAUAUUUUG